GCAGUUCUGAAUCAAAAUGUUCUAUAGUUGUGCAGAGUAUUUUUUUGAAAAACAGUCCAUACGUAAUGAAAUUAAGAAAAGGAGUUCAAUGCUUGGAUUAUUGUGAAAGAUCUUUUAUCUUGGCCACAGGCUCGAAGGAUGGAUUAAUUAGAAUAUGGAAUCCAUGCGUUGCUUCUACUCCUGAAAAUAUUUUUCGUGGACAUAAAUCGGCAAUUUCAUGCUUACAUUUUAAAGAAGAUUUUCUUUUUUCUCUUUCAAGAGAUAUGCAUCUUUUCAUUUGGGAUAUCAAUCGUAUUUCUCUACUUCAACAAUUACAAAUGAAAUUCCUAAAUGCAGAAAAAAUAUUUAUUAAUAAAAAUUCUAUACAGUGCCAAACUGCAGAUCAAUCAAUAAUAAUCAUCUGUAGCAAUUCUUUCAGCCAAUUUCAUUUCUUAAAUUAUGCAAAGGUUAAAUGCGAGAAGAAUAUCGAAAUUGAUAAACGUGAAGAAAUCCGAAAAAAAUUGCUUACGUCUACAAACACAGAAGAAAUUAAAAAAGUAGAUAAUUGGAUGAGCUAUUGCAUUUCGAAAGGAUGUCCGUAUCUAUCUUUGAAAAUCGAUGAAUUGCCAAAAUUAGAAAUUCAAGCUAAUCUUCCAACAACUGACAGAAUGAAAAGACUCAAUUUUAAAUAUGUAAAUCUAGAAGAUCUUUUACAAGUUGAAAAUUAA